UGCAGUAAUUAAUAAAGAAUAAAGAAUAAACUCUAUGUUUUGACUACAACUGUAAACCUACCUUUGCCCCACCCUGUAGAAACCUGAAGAUGUUCACUGGCCCAGCCCCCCAAGCCUCUCCUGGAACUUCUCCCACCUGUGCAGGUAGAGACAGGCGUUGUGUUUGCCUGACCUUCGUCAUCUUAGAUGAGAAAUGGAACCAACCUCCUGUCCCCUGCCGGCAGGAGAAUGCCGUCCUGGAGGAGCGUGCUGCAGCAUGGGAUGAGCAGGCUCCGCCAGGCACCCGGGUCAGCGGGUCCAGAUAUAGACAUACCAGUGGAAUCAAAGCGAGCUGCAGAAGGCUCAGCAAAACCCUUCACACAAAGUUCAAGACUGUUACGUAGGCAGGACCUGUUUUCAACUCCUUCCACAGGUGCUUAGCCUGGGGCAGAGUCCCUCUGAGUGGAGGAGGGAGAGUAAUUGGACGUGAGAGGGGGUCUGGAGUGAGGGGUGGGCUUCUCCUUCCCUGGGCUGAGAGGAGGGGACAGUCAGUAGAGACCCACAGGGAGGGAAGAAGGAAGCUGGGGCUGGGCACUUCCCAAGGAGGAAGCAAUGGUGCCGGAUUUUCCCCAGGUGUGGCCAGAGGUAUAAAGGGCGCUGCCAGCUGGCCACGGCCAGGUCUAGCACCUGGUGCACUCCAGGACCACAGCCAGGUGUGCUUGCGACUGCACCCAGCACACACCAGCUGCUCAGAGUCCAGCCGCCACCACGGAGAUGCUCCUCCCUGGCCUUCUGCUUCUGCUCUGGCUAUCUGCCGGCCUGGCCCACCACGGUGCCGCACUCUGGGGAGGUCCCCACAGCCACACCCAUGGGACCCCACGCUGCUACUCAGCCGAGGAGCUGCCCCGGGGCCAGGCUCCUGCACACCUGCUGGCUCGAGCUGCCAAGUGGGAGCAGACUUUGCCAGUAGCCCUGGUGUCCAGCCUGGAGGCAGUGGGCCGUAGGAGGUGGCAGGAGAGGCCCCCAGCUGGGACCCAGUGUCCGGUGCUGCAGCCUGAGGAGGUGCUAGAAGCCGACAUCCACCAGCGCUCCAUCUCGCCCUGGCGAUACCGUGUGGACACGGACGAGAACCGCUACCCACAGAAGCUGGCCGUUGCUGAGUGUCUCUGCAGGGGUUGCAUCAGCGCCAGGACCGGCCGCGAGACAGCAGCGCUCAACUCUGUGCCGCUGCACCAGAGCCUGCUGGUGCUGCGCCGCCGGCCCUGCUCCCUGGACGCAUCCGGGGUACCCACGCCCGGGGCCUUUGCCUUCCACGCGGAGUCCAUCAGAGUACCCAUCGGCUGCACCUGCGUCCUGCCCAGGGUGGUACGGUGACCACUGGCCUCAACUGUCCUGCUGUGCUGUGGGCAGGGAUCACAUCCCAGACUGGACAGUGGGGAUCUCUCUGCAGAGAGGGCCCCUCCUAUUUAUGUGUAUUUAUUGGCUAUUUAUAUGCCCUGGGUGGCCCUGCUUCUGCUGCCCAGGGUCCCUGGGCGGGUACCAGGGCUCCACGCCUCUCGUUUGAGGGAAGAACAGUGAAGAUUGGGCACGGGAAGGGCCAAGUGACCCUGAGCUAGUCAGCCCCCUCUCCACAUCGUUACCUCUCCACACACAGUGGACUAGAGGAAUGUUACUUUUCUAUAACUUCUUAAAACAACAGAAAAUGUGUUCUGAUGGCCCCCACCUUGGUGGUCCCUCUGGGAUCCCCCAAGCUCCUUUCCCCACCACCCGUGUAUUUCUAAAACUAUUUGUUGUAAAUGUGUGUCAUUAAAAUGAUAAACACCCCCUGGA